AUUUGCAACAAUCAUUUCAUUUGCAUGGUAAUAUAUUGAAACUUGUUUUAAAUGGACGCAGAACAAAUUUUGUUAACAUUUAUUGCUCUAAUGGCUAUUAUUGGAAAUAUUGCAGCAUUGUACUGCCUUGCUAAAAGAAGAGUUAACAACUAUAUUAUGUUGUGUGUAAAUUUAUCCGUUAGCGCUGAAAUUCAAAGUAUAUUUGGUUUUUUACCAACCCUUUUUUUGGAGAAAGGCUCAAAAAAAACUACACUUUUGUGCAGAUUAGCAGCAUUUUUUUCAGUAUUUCCAUCGUUUACUUCUAUAUCAAUUCUCACUGCUGUUGCAAUUUCAAGAAUGUUUUUGCUGGAAAAACCGUUUCUAAGCAACCACGGCUGUUAUCGAUCUUUAUUUUACAAAAUAGGAAUGGCAUCUUGGGUUUACUCCUUUGUUUGGGCAUCUUUACCUCUACUAGGAUUUUCUCCGUACACGCUAGAAGCUACAGUGUCGUGUUUUUACACUGCAAGAGUGAUUCAUCUUAAGUUAACAUACUUUUCAAGUACUUACGGUAAAGAUAACAUAGAAACAAAAAGAUUUAAAAAAAAAGAAAACAAAGCAGUUUUAUCAUUAUUAAUUAUGGUUUUGUCAUUUCUUUUAUGCUGGACACCGUACGCAACAAUUGCUCUUUUAUCGGCUUUCACAUCAAUAACUACUCCAAUUUUGCUUUUGAAAGUAGCAGCACUGUUUGCCAAGGUUUCCGCGGUUAUUAACCCAAUUAUAUACUGUACUAAAGAAAACGUGUUCUACAACAUAACUAUUGCUUUUAAAUUGCGGAACGCAUCAUUAAUAACCAGAUCUCGUAACAUGGAAAAUAAAAAUAAUGCUCUUGAUUUAAAACCUACUUGUGCUAAUUCUUGUAAAUCUAAAUUAAUAGAAUAACGAAGUAUCUUUUUUUAAGUUGCA